UCUUCUGACUCUCACCUCUAGCUGCAGCCAGCUGUCAUACCUAAAAGCAAAAGACAAACGUUUCGAUUUAUCAAAAUUUUCCCUCGUUCACCGUAAAUAAUGUCGGGCUACAUUGCAAGGAGAGGUCCAGCGGUUUUGUCCAACCUGGGACGAUGGGCCUACAACCUGUCUGGAUUCAACCAGUAUGGUCUGCACCGUGACGACUGCCUGUACGAGAACGAGGACGUGAAGGAGGCCGUUCGCCGCCUGCCCCGCAAGCUGUACGAUGAGCGCAACUACCGCAUCAUGCGCGCCCUGCACCUGUCCAUGACCAAGACGAUCUUGCCCAAGGAGCAGUGGACCAAGUACGAGGAGGAUGUCAAGUACUUGGAACCCUACCUGAACGAGGUGGUCAAGGAGCGCGAGGAACGCGAGGACUGGAACAAGAACCACUAAUUGUGCCGCGCCCACUACUCACUUUCUUUGGACUUGUAAAUGUUGAAAUACAUAGCUUAGAUUAAAACCAAAAUUCGCU